AUGGGAAUUCUUAUUGUGUACGCUACAUUUGAUCUCGUAAUAAAAAAUCAUAUCUAUGAACUAACAUCUUACUUCUUCCUUAUGAUAUUGAUGAUAUUUGUCAAUGCUUUGCAAUACGUCUAUAUAAAUCGCCAUUUGGUUUCUAAAAGAUUUUCCUUUACAAGAGAGAAGUCUAAGCUAGUGAUGGCAACUUGCAUAUUCACAGUUAGUUUACUCUAUAGAGUAAUAUACAAUCUAAUGAAAGAAGUAGCACCAGACUCAAUUAGAAAAAUUGAAGACUAACAAUCAAAUGACUUCUCAACAGAUUAGACUGAUUCAAUUAAUACUGAUUCUAUACUGAAUGAAGUGAGUUAAAAGAAUGGUUUAUUCAAUGGGAGUACAGUUGAAGUUAUUGAUGAAUUUAAAAUUCUAAAAUCGAAUAGAAUAAGUGAAAAUACUUUGUAGAACUACAUGCCGCAUUCAAAUAACAAAUAUUUUUAGCAAUAAAGUCCAACUCAUCAGGGUUUUAUUGACUAAGAUAUUGGAUUGAAAUCUAGAACAAAUACGAAUAAAGUUCAUAUUCUAUUAUAGCAUUCACCAAUUUAGGAGGAGGUCCAAAUAAAAAGUGGCAAUACUAUCAACUGUAAUCUUGAAGAAUCUGAAUUUUGUGACGAUACUACAUUACCCUAGUGA